AUGUCUCUGUCCCACACUUGCCUUUCCUCUCUCUUGUACUUCCCUUCUCUAUCUCGCACUCAUUCAUUCUCAACCCCUCUCUCGACCUGCCCUUCCCAUCUCCCUCGCCCCGAACUCCUCUCCGCGCGUUCCACGGCACGCGCCACGGGACUCGCGGUGCGAUGCAGGGACGGCGCGGCGUGCGCGCCACAGAACACCGAGUACGCGCCCAUCAUCUACACCACUUCCACGAAGCUCCCCGCUGGUCAAGACCUCAUGUGGU